AUGUUAUCCAAGUUUCCUUCAGUUCUGCUCCUUCUGUACAGUUUUACAACUAACUGUAUUGGACAGAAAAAUGAAACCCAGUGUACCCAAUACAGCAAUGCUUAUAAAGCUGUGGCAUCAUGUGUUGGACUGGGGCUGACAGAAGUGCCAUCAGACCUCCCCAACAACAUCACUGAACUCAACCUCAGUAACAACAGUCUGAGUUACAAUUGGACAGGAGACAUCCUGAGGUUUAAGAACCUCACCAGACUGUGCUUGUCUCAGAACAAUAUCUCCUUUAUUGAAGUGAACUCCUUGUCAGAAACACCGCUGGUUUAUUUGUACCUCCAACAUAACAUGCUGGAAAAUAUUCCGGUGGAGGUUUUACACAUCUCCAGCCUGAAAUAUUUAAACCUGGAGAACAACAACAUCAAAAAUCUGACAGUACCACUUCGACAUUACAGAACAACAGUACGGCUUCAGGCACUCAUCCUUAGAAAUACACAGUUGUCACUGCUACAAGGAGACAUCUUUGCUGGUCUGAAUCUCCGAAGUCUGGACCUAUCUUUCAACAACCUGGAAUCACUUCCACACCUGGUUUUUGGCAAAGGAAACAUGAAGUUAGAAACCCUUCUACUGGGAGUAAACAGACUGUCCAGCAUCCCUAGUUCUCUACAGCAACUCACAGUUCUGACACAUCUGGACCUCAGCUACAACAGAAUCAAGACGGUAGAUGACGCUUCUCUCACAGGUCUGCAAAACCUGAAGUACUUGUACCUUUCAGGCAAUGGCAUCGUUUCAAUGGCAGAUAACGCAUUUUCACACCUUUGGUUGACUCGUCUGAACCUGUCGUCCAACAAUUUAACCACCGUACCAACCUCUCUGACUAGUAUGUCAUCCAUGAAGAUGUUGUCACUUGGAGGUAACCCUCUAGGGCAAGUACCGCCUGGCAUGCUCCAAUCCAUGCCUGAACUGCACACACUGGAGCUACAGAAGGUUGGGUUAUCCUACCUGCCUUCAGGUGCCUUCUCCAACUCAUCGCUCACACACCUCAGUUUGGCCUUUAACCAGCUGCAGGCCCUUCCCAUGGACGUGUUCAGUGGCACUGCAUUAAAAGUGCUGCAGCUGCAGGGUAACCUGUUCUCCCAGUUUCCCCGCGCUGCAGCCACACUAGAAACACUACAAACUCUCGAUCUACGCCACAACAACAUAGCCGUGCUCCAACAUGUGGAUGACUUCUCUAGACUGACCAACCUGACGAGGCUCUUCCUGCACAACAUCGGCUUGAGAAGGAUUGACAAGGAGGAUAUUUUCCACGGCAUGGAAAGUCUAGAAGAGCUGGACUUGAGUGGUAAUGAUGUCACAACUCUGCCACCGAAUACCUUCCACAGCCUUCCCUCUCUCAGAAGAAUUUUGUUAGGACAAAACAGACUGCAGUCCCUUCCCAUCAAUAUAUUUAGCAACUUAACAAUGUUAAGUUACAUAGAUCUGUCUCAUAAUGAGCUAGAGUACCUCUCAGUGCUCUCAGUCACAACAACACCUAAAGAAUCAACUCCAUCCCAGACUGUACUCUUAGAGAACAACCCGUGGUACUGUGACAUGAACCUCUGUCCCCUCAUGGACUGGCACAGCAAACUUCACCUCAAUGUGUCCACACCUGGUCCCAUGUGUGCAACGCCUGCAAACAUGACAUUUCAUCAUGCUCUAUCCACAGUCUGUGCCAGUGGAACAGACACAACUCUAUCCACAGUAACAACUUCUUUGUCUGGAACUGACAAUACAUCAGUUGUCAGUUAUGUGUCAGCAUCAGAUCAAACAUUAACAGUCGUGUUAGUGAUUCUGGCUGUGAUAGUUCUGUUCGUGCUUGUUGUAGUUGGGGUCAUGCGUUACCGUUGGAAGAAAAAGCAAGCGGCAUCUCCUGAUGUCAUGCCUUAUUUCAGUCCUGACAUUCGGCGUCAGUACCUAGAAGACCUGCAGGCCCUCCUGCCUCGCCCAGACUCCUGCGAACCGGUCUACGACACAAUCGACGACCUGCGCUGCCCUACCGCCGCGUCCAGUCACAUUUAUGCACUGGCAGAUGAUGACCUGGACACAAGAAGCAUUGCAAGUACUGGGACAUACCUCUCCUUCCCAGGCUACAACGAGUCCACAACGUACCUGUCUGUGAUUGGUGACGAGGAUGACUCCAAGAGCAUCACAAGUCAUGCUACUUAUCUGUCCCUCAUUGGAGAUACUGACAGCGUAGACAGCCAGCCUGUGUACCUGACCCUGACAGCCACAGAUGUGGACACAAACUGUGCUGGUAUAGACAGCACCAUGCUGUGUGAUGAAGACACAGCAAGCCUGCCUGGACAGCCAGUCUACAGCUACCCCGUGUGGAGAGGACAGUUUCCCAGAGAAAAGUCUACCCUGAGCUGUGGGUCCAUUUCUACAGUCAGCAGAGUCAUUCUGGAAGACUUAGAAGACACUUGA